ACUCCCUCCUCCAAAGCCCGCACCUUCCGCGCCGCCUCCAGCAAAUUCGCCUCUAAAGCCCGCACCUUCCACGCCGCCUAGAGACAGUUCGCCUCCGCCACCCGCACCACCACCAACCACGCCGCCGGCAGCUCCUCCCGCAAGAAACACGCCGCCGACCGCUCCUCCCCCAACAACCACGCCGCCGACCACUCCUUCACCAACAGCCGCACCGCACUCCCCGUCCCUUCCUCCUCCCGGACCUCCUGCCCACACUUCACCGCCGCCGGCCAGCCACAAGCCACUACCAUCUCCCGCCACGGCCGCCGACCCGGCCCCGCACGCUGCCGGCAACAGCGGCAGGAGCCCGAACAAGUCCUCUACCCAGUCGUCCCAUGCCCGAGCCUCCUCCACGCCCAGCAGCGGGCUCAGCGACAGCGUCGUCAUCGCCGUAGGCACAGUGCUUGCAUUCCUCGUCAUCACCCUAAUAGGCGCCGCCGUCUGGUACACCAAGAAGCGCCGUCGGAGGGAGAGGAACGAUUACCACGCCGGGUUCAUGUCACCCACCUCGCCGCCUUCUUAUGCAUCUUCCUCGCAGCGGCCGCUAGGCGCCUCGGCAAAUGCACUAUCAUCAUCGACCGACCCUUCCUUCCAUAAUACCAACCACAGCGCUGGGAGUCCCCGGCUCAAAGCGUGCGCAUCCGACAUCAGCAUGGGAAACUCCCGCUUCUUCACGUACCAGGAGAUGUACGAGAUCACCGAGGGCUUCUCGCCACAUAACUUGCUAGGGGAAGGAGGCUUCGGGUCGGUGUACAAGGGCCGCCUGCCUGAAGGGAAAGAUGUAGCUGUGAAGCAACUGAGAGAUGGGAGCGGGCAAGGGGAACGUGAGUUCCAGGCCGAGGUGGAGAUAAUCAGUCGUGUGCACCAUCGGCAUCUGGUUUCGCUCGUGGGGUAUUGCAUUGCCAAUAGCCAGAGGUUGCUUGUCUACGAUUUUGUGUGUAACGACACCCUACAUUAUCAUCUUCAUGGACAUGGAAGGCCGCUUUUAGAUUGGUCAGCUAGGGUGAAAAUUGCUGCUGGUGCUGCUCGCGGAAUAGCAUACCUACAUGAAGAUUGCCAUCCAAGGAUAAUCCACCGGGACAUCAAAUCCUCAAACAUUUUGUUAGAUAAUAACUUUGACGCACUGGUGGCUGAUUUUGGUCUUGCAAGAUUGGCCUUGGAUGCUGCAACACAUGUGACUACUCGUGUUAUGGGGACAUUUGGAUACAUGGCACCAGAGUAUGCAUCGAGUGGCAAAUUGACCGAGAAAUCUGAUGUUUUCUCUUUUGGUGUUGUUCUCUUAGAGCUUAUGACUGGUCGAAAGCCUGUUGAUGCCUCAAGACCAUUGGGUGAUGAGAGCCUUGUUGAGUGGGCUAGACCAUUGCUUAGCCGAGCUCUUGAGACAGGAAAUUUGGAAGAGUUGGUUGAUUCUAGGCUUGAGAAGAACUUCAAUGAGGUCGAAAUGUUCCGUAUGAUUGAAUCUGCAGCAGCCUGCAUUCGACACUCAUCAUCAAAGAGGCCCAGAAUGAGCCAGGUGGUGCGGGUUCUCGACAGCUUAGCGGAUAUCGAUUUAACGAAUGGUGUGCAGCCAGGGCAGAGCGAGCUCUUCAACGUAGCGAACACUGCGGACAUCAGGAUGUUCCAGCAGAUGGUGCAGGGCAAGCAGGAUGACAGCUCCGGAUUUAGCCAGUAUAGUUGGAUCAGCCGCAGUAGGGCCGACGCUGAGGCUGCAUCCUCUAAUUCCAGGAUCUUGUGAUCACCAUCACUAAUUCGGCCACUAAUUUGGCCACUAAUUCGGCCAGGUUGUAUUGACCGUGAAAAGCCUCGUAUAAUUCUUGUGUACUUAUGAUUGCUCUUGUGUACAUCAUAUGACUAGAUCCACUCGUUUCUUGAUUGACGAAUUCAGCUACCUGUUGUUAUCGUUGCCUAA